UCAAACUUUUUCUUCUAACAUUGUAAGGAAGAAAGUUAAACCCAAAAACAUGGGAUUUAGAACCUUGCCUCUAUCAUCAUCUUCCCAAAAUGGGUUCUUGCAACAAUCAAUAGCUCCACAAUCCAUGAUCAAACAUAACUACAGAGCGAGUUACAGACUACGAGUAGUCUCAUCGAAAAAGGAAGACACGGAGGAGCCAAAGAAGAAGAAACAGUCACUGUUUACUAGUGUUACUGAUGCUUUAGAUUUCGCUCAAGUUCGAUCAGCAGAAGAUGCUCAGCUUUUGGAGGAUGCCAGAGAAGCCACCAGUACAGGUGGACAGAUGAGCAAGGAACAGUAUGGAGCUCUAAGGAGGAAAAUUGGAGGAACAUACAAAGAUUUCUUCAAGUCGUAUGUAGAAGUUGAUGGGCAAUACGUUGAGGAAGGAUGGGUGGACAAAACCUGCAAAGUAUGCAAGAAAGACACAGCAGGUGAAGCAAGGCAAGUGGACAAGUUCGGAAAUUAUGCUCAUGUUGCAUGUCUUGAGAAACGAAAAUCUGGGAAUUUUUUCACCAAUCUCUUCUUUAGAUAAUAGGAGUUGCAAGAGUUCAGCUCAGAAUAUUUUUCCCCCCCUCAGAUGAUAUCAUAGCUAUACUUAUAUAGUUGUAUGUAAUUUCCUACUCAAAUUUUUAUGUAUAAUGCAUCACUACUGGCUUUCCUUGA